UAUGCAUUAAAAACAAACCACUUGCAAAGACUUGUUUAAAAAUUAAAAAUAAAAAAUGCGCGAUAUUGAGAUUUUGGAUCCUCGCAAUUUAGUUAAAAAUCGUGAAAUCCUUUAUCGGCUCAUGAUAAGUCAAUUAAUGUACGAUGGCUUGGAAAAGUUUGCAAUUGAAUUGUCCAUGUUAGUUAAAGCUGAUGAAUGCACUCCGAGUGAACGUUUGUUGCACGUUAUGAUUGCUGGUAUGCAAGCUUUAUGUGAAAAGGAACCUACGUCUAAAGAUGAAGUUUUGCCAGGCAUUGAUCUAGAAUUUGAACCUGAUGCUUCCACAUUGGCGCCAGAGCCGGCUUCCUACGAGACGGCUUAUGUUACUUCGCACAAGCAAUCUUGUCGUGCUGGAGCCUUCAGCCAUGAUGGAACUUUGGUGGCAACCGGCAGUGUGGAUGCAAGCAUAAAAAUACUCGAUGUUGAACGUAUGCUCGCUAAAUCUGCACCCGAAGAAAUGGAAUCGGGACGAGAACAACAGGGACAUCCGGUUAUACGCACACUGUACGAUCACACUGAUGAGGUAGCAUAUUUAGAGUUUCAUCCUAAAGAUCAUAUUUUAGCGUCCGGUUCUCGUGAUGGCACUGUCAAAUUAUUUGACAUUGCCAAGCCAUCCGUUAAGAAAGCUCAUAAGGUUCUAACUGAUUGUCAACCAGUUACUUGCUUAUCUUUUCAUCCUACGGGAGAUUAUGUAGCCAUUGGCACCGAACAUUCAGUAUUAAGAAUUUAUGACGUGCACACAGCUCAGUGCUUUGUUAGUGCUAUACCAGCCCAACAUCAUAAGGGCUGUAUUACCUGUGUGAAAUAUGCGCCAACUGCUAAAUUGUAUGCGACUGGGAGUUUAGAUGGUUCUAUAAAAAUCUGGGACGGAGUGAGCGGUCGUUGUAUUAACACCAUAACUGAUGCGCAUGGAGGCGCCGAAAUAUGCUCGCUUCAGUUUACACGCAAUGGAAAGUAUUUACUUUCAUCUGGCAAAGAUUCUUUAGUUUACCUUUGGGAACUUUGCACAAGUCGUCCCGUACAGACAUAUACUGGAGCCGGUACUACGGGUAAACAAGAACAUAAUACGCAAGCUGUUUUUAAUCACACUGAAGACUACGUUUUAUUUCCUGACGAAGCCACCACUUCCUUAUGUUCUUGGAAUUCUCGUAACAGCUGCCGCCUAAAUUUGAUGUCUUUGGGCCACAAUGGUCCAAUUCGCUUUAUCACACAUUCGCCAAAUUCGCCGGCUUUCCUCACAUGUUCAGACGAUUUUCGCGCACGUUUUUGGUAUCGUCGUUCUAAUAGUCAAUAAAAAUGUACAGUUCAAUGAUUUAUAAUUAUUUUUAAAUAAAGAUUUAAAGAAAAAUCGAAAAUCUUACCAAAAAAA